AUGGCGUUAAGCCUGCAUAUUAUUUCUAAUAUUUCGGUUCCAGAUCCCUACGUGAAGAUCUACUUGAUGUUACAAAAUAAGCGAUUGGAAAAGAAAAAGACGACUAUAAAAAUGAAAACCCUGAAUCCUUAUUAUAAUGAAUCGUUCAGUUUCGAUGUCACACCGGAGAAAAUGCAGAGGGUACACCUCCACAUUACGGUCUCUGACUAUGAUCGAGUCGGUUCCAAUGAAAGGAUAGGACAGGUAAUAAUCGGUGGAAAUGCCACUGGAGCAGCGCUGAAGCAGUGGACGGAUAUGCUGGCGACGCCGAGACGGUCUGUGGCCCAAUGGCACACAUUGAUGCCGUUCAACGACGACUAA